GGUUGACGGAGACAGCUUUCACCAGCAAGCUUGCUUUCCCCUGUUUCUUCUCUUUAUACGAGAUUGCGUGACUGCAGUUUUGGGAAGCAAUGGAUUACACAGUACCGGGAUUUGACCCCAACACCCUGCGAGUGGUUGACUUGAAACGAGUGCUCGGAGAGAACAACAUAUCAUGGCCCUCACGACACCGGAAGUCAGACCUUGUGGAAAUUUUCACAUAUGAGCUCAUACCGAAGCUAAAGCGGCAGAAGCGAAUGGAGGAUAAACAGAGGCGCAUAGAAAGUGCCCAGAAAAAACAUGAGACUGGUCAGGGAUUUGUCGAGGCAGAGGAGGUGGACAAGGAGAGGGUGAACAAGGAGAAGGUGACGAAAAGCAAAGACACAAAAGAAAAGGAAGCAACUGCUAAGAAGGCCGAUAUCGAAAAAAGCAAGCCAAUUGACGUGCUGAGUGUGAAGAAACGCGAUAGCAAGGCUGCCAAUGGCACGGACAAAAAGAGAAAACACUCACAACUCGUGAACCAAAAUGAGUUCCAGUCAGGCAACGAUACAGCACUGUACGACGAUUACUCGGAACUUUUACACAGAAAGGUCAAGAAGAAGCGUAAUUUCUCUAGGCCUGUUGCAGGAGAAAAGAGGAAGAAUGCUCAGCAAGAUAAAGAAAGUAAUAAUAACAGAACACUCGUGUCACAAGGCGAUGACUCCACCGUGAAGCCUGAAACUGAACCGGUAGAAAACGCAGAACAACCUAGCGGUGUCAAUUUAUUCAACAGGAGUGGAGAGAUCAAAUUUGCAUUGCCUGCCGUGAGCAGUCCAAAGCUUGAAGAACACGAGAACAUUAAUCAAAUGGCGAACAGUACUUUUAACAAUCACUUAAAUAGCAACAUUUUUGAUAACAUUAGUGAAAGCAACGAUGACGAAGACAACACAGUGCUAAUCAAGAAAGAGCCACAGUCUAGUUUACUCACCCCGCCCCACGUGAAGGUUGAAAAGAAUAUUUUGUCAGGACCCACAAAAGACAUUACGCUUCCUGCUACAGAAGAAGACCACGCUCACAAGAAGAAAGAGGUAGAAGAAGACAUUAGAGUCAAACUAGAAAAAAUAGAAACACUCCGAACAGAGAUCCGGGACGAGCUGAAGGGUGCAGGAAAGGAUGCAAGUCAAACACAAAUUUCCUCCUCAAACGAUCUUAAAAUUUUGGACUCCCUACCCUCUCAGAACUCAUCAACCAACUUCACAUUUGACAGCGACUCCGAGCUACUUACACAGUUACAAAACGAAUUUGAGUUAGAAAAUUCGAGAAUUGAAAUUGAGUCAGAAAAAGUUCUUAAUAGGAUAAACUCCAGAGAAAAAUUCAAAUAUUAUAAGGCCCAAUUCAUCAAAAUUAUUGUAAUUUGGCUAGCUUUGUUGCUAUUUUCUUUCGUUUUGGCGAUAUAUAGACAAGAACGGAUACAAGUGGGGUUUUGUGGCUGUGGGACUGAAAGCAACAUAUCACUAUUGUUCAAGUUGUUUAAUAUAAGGCUUAAAUGUGUAGAGUGCCCAGACCAUGGAGUGUGUUAUCCUUAUUCGCAGCUUUCAUGUCUGCCGGAGUAUAUCAUGUCACAGCCAUUGUUUUGGUCUUUCUGGGGCCUUAUACCAACUUACAACACAUGUGUAUUGGAUUCGACGAAAGUCAAAAAGAUCAAUAAGAUUGUUAAAUCGGUUUUGGAUUUACUUUCUAGAAGAAACGCCAAUAUAAAGUGUGGCGAUGGAUUGGAUCGAGAGGCAGGGUUAAGUUGGAAACAAAUUGUCGAGACCAUAGAUCAGAGACUUGCCAACGAUUUCAACGACAAAAAUUAUGCCUACAUCUGGGAGAAGGUGAAAAUUAUGUUAACCACCAGAACUGACUUAAAAUUUGUACCAGAUGAUAAGGAAAAAAACAAAGUGAUCAUAAGAUCUUUGUCCUUGUCCAGAUUAUCAAUUAAAUGCAGGCUUAAAAGAUUGCUGAUCACCCUUCUGGUCAAGUACAAAGUAUAUUUGCUUAGUGUAAUGACCAUUCUUCUUACGUUAUCCUGGAUUUUUUAUCAGAUCAAUCAAGCACUCAGCCGAAAUGAAUACUACAGAAACAUGGUAAAAGAAAUUAUCAACAAGUUGCAAAAGCAGGCCACCGAUAAUAGGCACAGCGGGGUUGCCAAGCCCUACAUAGCGAAGAUCCAGCUUCGGGACUACUACCUACCUCAGCUUCAGAAGCUCACAAAGAAGAAUAGAGAUUCUGUAUGGAAACGAGUGGUAAAGAACAUCGAGGCAAACAGCAACAUCAAAACGGAGGACGUCGAGAUCAACGGUGACAUCAUGCGAGUGUGGUCUUGGUGCUCUGAUAUUUGACCGGGCGUGCUCUUCAAAGAAACUCUCUCUAGAUUGUGUAUAAUCUUUUGUAAUUGUACCAUAAAGACGUUAACUGACUGACUCAUCGCU